AGAUGGCGGCGCUGUGGCGGGCGCUGCGGGCGCUGCGGGCGCUGCCCGCCGGGGCUCGGGGUCGCUCGGCGGGGUCGCCCGGAGCCGUGGCGCUGCCGCGGCCGCUCGGAGCCGAUGCGCACGACGAGGAGCCGAUGCUGGUGGCGCAGAGGAAGAACCCUGACUACCAUGGCUUCUCGGCCGACCCCGACGCCGACGUGCUGAACAUGCGCGCCGCGUUCCUGGCCGGGAUCUCCAUCGCCAUCGUCCUCGGCUCUGUCUUCGUGCAUUACCUGCCUGACUACGGGCUGCAGCAGUGGGCCCGGCGCGAGGCCGAGAUCCAGGUACGGGAGCGGGAGCGCCGGGGGCUGCCCCUCCUCACCUCCGACUACUACGACCCCAAGCGCCUCCCCUUGCCCCCUCCGGAGUGACCCCCGGACCCCCAGCUGCCCUUCCAGAGUGCCCCCGGUCCUCCCUGUUGGUUUGUGAAUAAAGUUCUGGGUCCUCCUUG